GAGAUUGGGUUGGCAACUAACCCAACUUGUGCCUGGGUUCGUCACAAACCCAAGCGCGAGCUGGGUUCUCAAUCUCUGCCAAAAAAAAAAAAAACAUGUUCUUUUCAAACAAACAACUCCAGAAACAAAAGCUUGGCUUCAAGGUCAAUAUAAAAUCCUCCAAAGGACACAACAGGGCGUUGAGAUUCCAGAACGGCGGAAAGGAAGGAGAUGAGGCCAGAGUGGCCAAAAAACUUGGUGACGAAAACGGUGGCGUGGCCUUGGGCCUCAGCACUGUUGAUCCACUGAAGACAGGGACGCAGAAUACAAGACUCACUGCAUCCCUUUCGCAAAACGCUGCACCCAUUGCAACUCAUUGAAUUGGAUCUUGAGUUGUUUGUUUGAGAAGAACAUGCUUUUUUUUUUUUUUUUGGCAGAGAUUGAGAACCCAGCUCGCGCCUGGGUUUGUGAUGAACCCAGGCACAAGCUGGGUUCGUUGCCAACCUAGUCUCGCGAGCUGGGUUCACCCUUGGUUCGCGAAGAAGAUGAGGAUAGAAAUGAGAAAUGAAAAGAUAAAGGGAAA